AUUUAGACGCUAUGGAAAACUUUCCUUUGAUUUCUCUAGCAAGGAACGUUAACUGCUCCGAGUUGGAUAUCGACGGUGAAUUUUGUAAUCGUUCAGUUCAAUUUCCUGGACUACUACUAGUUCCCUAUGUUUUACUUGUUGAAAACUACGAGUUAUUUCUAGAAUUUAAAUUUCUCGGUUGGUGGGCUUUUCGAACUUUAAGAGUAUAUCAAACCAUUCUGAGUGGAAAGAGUCCAACGUUGGAGAAACACGCUCAUAAUUUAAUUUCUCUAUAUAUAGACCUAGAACAAUUGGGACUAGAAACAAGUCACAUUGCUGACCAAGUCUUUGAAAAGGUUGAUUCCAACUUAGAGUCAGCAUCUUUGCUGACUUGGAAACAAGAUUUUCUUGACGAAAGUCUUCGUUGUAUGUUUCUGUUAGAGAUAUUUCUUUUUCUUUGUUCUCAUGAAAAGUACUCACUCGCAAAAAAUGUUUUGGCUUUAAGUAUGGAUUGUAUAGGUUUUUCGCUAAAGAGUACCGGAAAGCUUGGAAGAAGAAUGAAAUAUCAAGAACGUUCUCUAGCACAGCUUUGGAUUUCACAUGAGUCCCGUUUUUCUCAAGAAGUUCUUCCAAUAGCAAAAGACAAGUCUCGUGAUUCGGCUAUUCUCGUGCCACCAAAUAUUCCUUUAGUAGAUUCAGAUGCACUUGGAGGCAUUAUUUUUGAUUCUGAGGACAGUGGAAGUCUUCCACUAAGUGAUAUAGAACAAGUACUUCUUAUUAUGAGUGCGUAUUUAUCGAUGCAAAGUAGACCCAAAGGAGAUAGUUUGUCGGAUGAAUUCGUCCUGUCAACUAUCCAAAGGUUGAUAACCGAUUCUUCAUGUAAGAACAGUAGUAUAAGAAGCACAGUAUUGAUCAUUCGAAACAUUAUGGAGGAAGACAAGGGAAGAUAUCAGGAACGAGUUUUGAAGCAAUGGGAAGUCAUUUCAGAGCUUUACACUCAAAAUCAAGAACCAGAUGCUUCAGAACGACUGCAAUAUAUAUUUUUAUUACCGUUUCCUCCCCAAGUAGAACUUCAAAAGAUGUUUGCUGUGUUUUUAGGAAAAAUGGGACUUGUAAAGAAUGCAAUGGAAAUAUUUGAAAAAUUACAACGCUGGGAAGAGUUGAUUGAAUGUUGUUGUCUCAUAGGUCAUGUCUCGAGAGCCAUGUCGUUAAUAGAUGAAAGGCUCAGUCAAGAGCUGGAUAUAAUAUCCAAAGCUAGGCUUUAUUGUAUUCUGGGAGAUUUGACACGUGAUGAAAAACAUUAUAGGGAAUCAUGGAAUAUUAGCAAUCGGAGAUUUGCUCGUGCCAUGCGUUCUUUGGGAAAGCUAUAUGUGAAGAAUCAUCAGUGGGAGUUAGCAAUUGACUCAUUUUUAGAAGCACUAGCAGUUAAUGCUCUUUAUCCGGAUAUUUGGUUUCUUCUCGGUUACUGUGCACAAAACAAAGGAGAUCUUAAUUUUGCAGCGAAUGCGUUUACUAGAGUUGUCCAACAGGAGCCUGAUAACGGGGAAGCUUGGAAUAAUUUAGCUUCAGUUUAUGUUCAGUUGAAGAAGAAGAAGGAAGCUCUCUUUGCUUUGUCACAAGCUGUAAAGCACAAACGAGAAUCUUGGAAGAUAUGGGAAAACUUGUUAAUGGUGUCUCUUGUAGUGGAAGGAGAAUUGGGCCAUUCCUUAAAUGCGUUAGAAGCUUUAGUGGAACUUCGCGGUCGGGAUGGAAUAUAUUCAGAGCAACUUGUCACUUUGGUUGAAAAUGUCAUCUCUGAAAUGGUUCAAGAGAAUGGAAAUGAAUUGUUAUUGAGAAUGUGCAAGAGAGUGUUGAAACUUGUGGGAAGAAUUUCGAGUAUGGUAUCUUCAGAUCCUAAUGUAUGGGAAGCAUCUGCAAACUUGCAUCACGCAGCUGGUUAUUUUGAGCAGGAGAUUGCAGAUUUGCAGAAACAGAUAAGGUGUUUAAGUGGACGAGUGUGGUGGAAUGAUGAGAAAUCGUUGGAAAAAAUGUUGAAGGCUACUUUUCGUUUAAACAUACUUUGCAUCGAUUCUGGUGACACCGUUUCUUGUUAUUCGUCGAAAUUACACACAAAGAAGAUAAUAGAAAAGUGCAAGGAACUUGAAUUGACAAACGAGGCUGUACAACAGUUAGAGCAUGAUCUGGAAGCUUUAGAAACCAAACUUAGCAAAUUGUCGGAUUAAAGACUUGAUUUGGCAGAGUUGCAAAUG